UUGGUUUGUAAAAUAAUUGGUGUUUAAAAAUAAAUUUGAACCAAGAAGUAAAAUCACUAACACAGAUGUGAUAUUUCGUAGUGUUUGUGUUCAUACUUGAUACAUAAUAAAAUUUUUAACUACGAUAGAUAGCGCAACAAUCGUUUGAAUAUAAUAGAAAAAUGAAAUAACCUAUCUAUAAAAUGAAUGCAUCACGACUAGAGUUGUGAUGUGCAAAAAAUUUGUAUAAAUACAUUCUGUCUAGCAUUUAUAAUUUGCUAAUGCUUAAAAAGUAACGAAAUAGAGUUUUAAAAAGUGAACUUAAUAAUAAAAUUGCAAUUGUGCAGUAAAAGAUGCCUGUUGACGUACUUGGAUGUAUAUAUGCUGCUACAGUAGCGGCUGGUGGUAUACUUGGUUAUGUGAAAGCACAAUCGAUUCCUUCUCUGGGUGCUGGACUUAUUUUCGGAUCUGUUUUGGGCUAUGGAGCUUAUCAAACUUCUCAAGAUCCCACAAAUAUUGGACUAUCCAUAGCAGCAACUUCAGUUCUCGGUGGUAUUAUGGGUUAUCGAUAUUAUAAUACUGGUAAAUUAAUGCCAGCUGGAAUAAUUGCUAUAUUCAGCUGUAUUGUAUUAGUAAAAACUGUUGUCAGGUCAUUUACUGGAGCAGCUCUUGCAACUGAGACAUUAAACAAAGACAAUAAAUUGACAUGAACAUAAAUUUUUAAAAUUUUAAUAAUUUUAUUGGUUAAAGUAUUUCAUAUAUGCACACAUAACCUAAGUAGUUUAACAAUAGGUGGGAUUAAAUCUAUAUAAAAAAAGAAUAGAGAAGACAUUGGCUGUGUUAACUAUAGUUGACUUUUUUUUUAUUAUAUAAAACGCCUUCCUACAGGAAUAACAUUUAUAUUUGUUACAUUGACAUGUGUAAUUUGAGUAUGUUUAAUAAAGCUAUUUUAUUAAAUGUGUUAUUUGAGUUUAUAGAUAUAAUGUUAUAUACACACAAAGGAUUAAGAUAAUUAUGGAAAUUUGUAUUUUAUUUCUAUCUUAAUUUUGUAUCUUAUAAUACAAUAAUGUAAUACAAAAUAAAUGUGUAUCUAUAUUAUUUAAACAGUUAAUUAAAUUUCAUAUCCAUCUGUAUCAAUGUAACUCUGAUCUAAUUGUUAGUACUAUGGAAUAGAUAUUAUAUCAUUUCUCAUUCUCAUUAAUUUAUGGAUAUACUAUUCAGUUUAUUACUGUUUUAAUUUUGUUUCAAUAUUAUUUAGAGCUGUAAAAUUAAAAACUACUACAUAUACUUUGUUUUUGAGAAAAAUUUAUACUUUUUGUAUUGUUUUGUUAUUAAUAAUCAGUUAAAUUUUAUUAUAACCUUUAAAAGAAAUAACCUUCCAGAAAUUUAUCGUAAUGUAUACUACAAUUUGUUUGUUUACUAUGCAUAGUAUCAAAUAAAAAUUAGAAUCUGUGUCAUGAUAUAUAUCGUGAACUUAUUCCCAACAUGUAUUUGUUAUUGCGCUUAACUAUUGCUAGAAUAAAGAAAAGAGAUAAACAAGUUUUGUAAAAGAGAAAGAAUAAUCAACACUGAGAAUUUAUGUUAUAAGUCUGAAAAAUGUUUCAGAAUACUUUAAUCUUCUAAUGGAUGAUAGAAUACGAAACAAAAUGGCAUCUUUUCGCAACAUUUUCAAAGAUGUUAAUUUAUUUCAAAAUUAUUUAUUUGACGUCUUAAUUUCUACUGAUCUAAAAAUAAAUGAUUUCCGGCUUUUGAUUGUUAAUUGAUUCGCAAUCCAAUUAUUCAUUUAACUUAUUAAGUUCUAUUUUUGAUUUAUUUAAAAUCUCGUAAUCGAUCGUAUGCGAUAAUCGAGGUACGAAAACUCGAAGUUCGAGUUACGUUUUGGAUCGAAUAUGCUUCAGAUUGGAUGCAUUUACGAACCCUUCCGGGAGCUCUUGCUCGGUGGUGUGUCCGUGGGAGGGAAGUUCUGCGGUUUCACCAGGUUUUUCGAGUUUUUACGAAUUACAAUACAAUUUACGAGUUAAUCGACUAGCGCGUUGAUGUUCUCUCGUAACUCGUGAGCGGUUACGACUGAACAAACGAAUGUUCUUUCUCGAAUCUUUUAACGGGGACUUGGUUGCGAGAGAAUUCCACAGGCACUGGUCGCAACACGAACGAAGCUUCAACCUUCAUCGAUCGAUUUGACUGAUUUUUGAGAUCCAGUCACCGAAAACUUCCAUCAUUCCGUCAAAAACCGAGUGCCGACCCGCAGGGUGGCGAUCAUUUGAUAAGGGUUCUAUCUGCAAUAGGCUGGUAGGCCAGUCUAUUGGUAGGUGCGUAGAUAACUGCGGCAACUGGAAGUUGGCCCUGAACGCAGAGCCCCCGUGGCUUUGCUAGCACCCCCAUAGCGAUCUUGUCUUAACCCGCCUCCUCACGACUCACCCGAUUCUCAUUGACAGCUGCCUCUUUGCUGCCUAGCGCCUACAGAGUAUCUUUAAAAAAAUUUACAAAAUAGUCAAUAUGAAGGUAACAAAUUUGGAUGAACGUAUUCAUGUUUUGGACAGUGCGUCAAAUGUUAUGACUGUCAUCAAAGACAUUGCACUGAGUGGAUUGCAAGAAGAAGCUUUUUAUGUGCUUGACAUUGGAGACAUUGUUCGUAAACAUCAAAUAUGGAAAGAAAAAAUGCCACGUGUCAGUCCCUAUUAUGUCGGAGAUUAAUAAAGUAUUAAGUGUUGGAGUAGACUCAUCAAGAAUUAUCUUCGCCAAUCCUGCUAAGCCAGCAUCACAUAUCCGUCAUGCUGCUGCUGUUGGAGUUGAUGCUAUGACAGCAGAUAAUGAAAGCGAGUUACAUAAGAUUAAAAAACUUCAUCCAAGUGCCAAGGUUGUUAUUAGAAUUCGUUGCGAUGCAGAAGUUGCACAGUGUCAGUUAGGCAUGAAAUUUGGUUGUGAUCCUGUAUAUGAAGCACCCAAUCUUUUACGUCUUGCACGCGUUUUGGGUCUCAAUGUCAUCGGUAUUAGUUUUCAUGUUGGAUCAGGUUGCAGAGAUCCACCUGUAUUUUAUCGAGCUAUACGUGAAUCUAAAAUAUUGUUUGAUUUAGCAAUUGAUCUUGGUUUUAAGCCAUAUCUAUUAGAUAUUGGCGGUGGUUAUCCCGGAGAUAAAGGCUCUAGUAUUGAUAAAAUUGCUAACGUCAUUAAUGAGGCACUUGACGAAUUCUUUAAUACUGAUGCUGUUCACAUAAUCGCUGAACCUGGUCGUUUUUAUGUUGCCUCGGCAUUUACACUUGCAACUAGCAUUCAUAGCAAACGUUCAGUACGUGGCGAUGAAAAUUCACCAAAUUCAGUUACGCACAAUAUGUAUUACAUUAAUGAUGGUGUUUAUGGCUCCUUCAAUUGUUUACUCUAUGAUCAUCAGCAUGUAACUCCAAUACCUCUAAAGAAAGGUUGUGGAAAAAUGUACCCCUCAAGUAUUUGGGGACCAACUUGUGAUGGUUUGGAUCAAGUCGUAGAGAACAUUAUGUUACAUGAAAUGGAACUUGGCGAUUGGAUAAUUUUUGAAAAUAUGGGAGCAUACACGUUACCGGUUGCUUCUCCAUUUAAUGGAUUCCCCGUACCUAAAGUACACAUUGUCGCUGAUGAAAAUAUUUGGCAUUUGUUGAAAGAUGCUUUACCCUUGACCGAAGACCAUUUUGUUAUUGGCAAUACUCCGGCUAAUUUACGACUUGGUCUGGAUAUCAAUGGAACUGAUACUAAUGCAUGGCGCAAUUCGAACAUUGAACUGACAUCAACUGAAAUCUUAGAUGAUGUUACUAAUCCACCAACAGCAUACAUUUACGAUUACCUCGAAGUUGAUCUUUAAAUUAGCAGAUGUAUUACAACAAACGUGUUAAAACAACUACUCGACAUUUCUAGCGGAAACUACAUCUUUGUUUCGUAUAUAGAAUGCUAUGACAUAAUUGGAAACUAAAUUCUUUUUAAGAUUUGGUAACCAUUAUAUUUAUUUUACGUUUAUUUUGAUUUUGAAGGUAAAAAAAACGUGAUAUUACUUUUGCUUUUAUUCCGAGCUUGAAGCAUUACUAAUAUUUGGUACCAUUUUUUGAAAAACUAAAUUAUUUAUGCUUUUUGCUUUCAUUAAAAAAUUAAGAACGUGCAAAUUAUUUCAGAAUGAUAUAGAGGUAACAUAUACAAUUGCUGUGGAAUAAUUAAAGAGUAAAGUGUGAAAAUUAUAAUCAAAUUUUCAAAUUAUUGGAAAAUAUCUUCAGUACUACUAUAGAUGUUAUUAUUCUGCUGCAUGACAUGUUAAAAUAUUUCCGUAGAAAUAUUUAUAUACAUAUUUUUAAAAACUGACUUUUUAGAAACUGAACUUUUCUCAUAUUAUAUAAUUACCUUUCAUAAUUAAAGAAAAAUUUAUUGACGUUUUUCAUAAGUACCUACAAUUUGCACGUUUAAUAUAGAAAAAUGCUUGAAAUCUUUUUUUAUAUACAUAUAAAUCGUAUAAAUAUGAGUUAGUAGAAAAUUCAGCUAACAAAAAUGGUAAUUUUCGCAACAAUUUUAUGAACGAUUUGACGUCCGUAUUUAAUGGUAAACGAUUCGUGUGGUUUUUUAAUAUUAAACGCAAAUAUUACUUACAUAACAUAUAAGAAAAAAACAAAAGUAGUUUUGCGUAAGAGCUUAAAUGUUGAGACAUUUCUAUAUAUAUCUAAACUAUUAAAGUACUCAUUGUUAUUUAACGUAUGAUUAACAAAAGGUAAAGAAAAUAUUAAAAAAAAUGAUAUGAGGGAAAUGUAAUCAAUAGCAUUGAAGAUGACGUACAUGUCCAACCAUGUGUAUAACAAUAGAAGCACAAAAUGUUUCACUAUCUUUCUCGAAUUAAUUUUUUUAAUUUCAAAAGUAAAAAAAAGAAAAAAAUAUAUAUAUAUAUAAACUCUGUAGGAUUGUUAGGAUCUUUAGGGCACUGAGGCAGCUGUCACAGAAAGAAAAGAUAAUUAGUUUCUUAUUAAUUAUUACUCUUAUUGUAUUAUAUGUCGACUAUUAUUAUUGUUAAUUAAUUAUUAUUAACGAAUGAAUAUAUGUAAUGAAAUAUAUAAAGUCAAAUCGAAAGGUUUUCGAUUAUUAUUUCUCCUUUGUUUCAUAAAGAUUUAGAUAUCGAUUGAUAGAUAUAUUAUGUGUGAUUCAAAGAUAAAUAUCUUGUAUUUAAUAAUUGUAAUAUCGUGUUACAUGUAGCGUUAAAGACUGAUCUAGGAUUUUCUCGUACUUCAUUCGAAAUUCGAAAUCUCGAGUAUUUUUGAAAUACAAUUUAUUAUCGGCAAAUAUAUAUCAGUCAGAAAUAAUUAAUUAUAAGCUCUGCGCAAUGAAUAACCUUAUCAAAAGAAAUUUUUUCUCCUAACAUUGACGCGCGUAACUUAUCUCGACGUUACAAACAAUUUUUAUUAUUAUGUAAUUCAUGCUGCGUAAUUGUAGCAUUUGCAUUUGCUAUCUCGCAUAUUAAUUCCUAAUUUAUAGCAUAAUACAUUAAUCGAUGAUAUAAAUCAGUUAAACAUCUAGACAAGUUGUAGCUGAUCGUACAUUUACUUGUAUCUUAUUUUAUUUUCCAUUUUUCCCCUCAAAAAGAGUAUAUUUUAUAACUGAAGAGUAUAUACAUAAAUAUAUUUACUAUGUAAUUGUCAUACUAUGUAAAAAUCUCGUUAUCAGAGAAAGAACAAAGGAAUUAUAAUGCAACUGCGUUAUUUUUUCUUUGCUAAAGAGCCAAUACAGAUUGUCAUAGAUUCAUUUCUGAUUUAAUAGCAAUAUAUACAAUAAAAAAUAAAUACUCCUUUUCUGUUUCCCUUUGUCAAUUUCGCACUGAGAUUACUUCUCAGAAGAAUAAUUCAUACUUGAUCCAUAGCUCUAAAUAAGAAUUACAAAAAAAUAUUAUAUUUUUCUUUUGCGAGUGUUGUAACACUUAUCAAUGUUAAAUUUAAGAUUGAUAAAAGGAUCGAUUAAGAUAAUCAAUCAGAGAAAGGAUUUGUUCCUUUGGAACAAUUAUUGAUAAUUUCGUUGCGAUUUUGACUUUGAAGUAGUAUCAUCGAAUAGAAAACAAAUAAAUUCGAUUAUUGCGCUGUCGAUUAUCAUUAUGCUUGUUUAAUGAAAUAUCUCGAUAUAUACGCCAUAUUGGAAGAGUCGAAUUGCGAUUCGGUCAAAGAUUUGGACACGGACAGUUCGACAAAUCACGAUCUUUAUUGUGCAUUGUGAAAGGUGUACUGUUGUUUUGCUUGCAAUACGCUGUCUAACCGGAUGGUUGUGCAACAAUUGCAAAUCUUUUCAUGUCUGUAUAUUUAUUGUUCCUCUAUAUUGUUUUCCCAAUAUCACCAUAUCUUUUACAGUGGUAGGUAUAUUCUAUGAGCCAUAUAUUUUACAUGGUUAGUAUGGCGAUUCAACGGUUACCAUGUUAAUAAAAAUGUCUUUGUUUUUUAGUUUAGUAGAUGAAGGACUAUUGUAUAAAUUAAGUAUCUAGAGGCAUUUAUAUACAUCUUUUUUGUGAUUAUUAGAAUCUUGUUUCUCUUGAAUUUUUUGUACUUGGAAUAUACCGUUCACCGAGUGACAUGCAUAUCAUUUAAUACAUACAUACAUACAUACAU